CGGCUCACAGCGCCACUACAUAGAGAUGUAUUCAGUUCACUCAAAGAACGAAGUCUGACUGUGAAAAGUUUUUCAAAGAUUCCGCCGUCAUCUUAAGCAUCUCAAUGAAAGGCUUUGUCUGGAGGUUGGUGGUGGCACUGAGUGUGUUCACUGAAAUCGUCGCCGCCCAAUACGAUGUUCCCGAGGCAAACGAGAGGAACGUCGCUCGACUAGGAACCUGCUCUAACAGCUCUGUGUCUAGGCGAGAUAACAGUGAUCGACAUUGCUCUUGGAUUAUAAAUGGAAAUAAAGACGUAACUGAUGGAAGCCGUAACUGCUUCUCUACUGCAGAUGAGGUUACUAAGCCAAGUCGUUUGACAGUGAUUCUGAAACACAGAUAUUAUAUUCACAAAGUGGUCAUCUACGGACGUAGUAACGAUCUAGACAGAAUGCCGCAGAUUCAAGUCUUCUUCGAUGGUAUACCAGUCUAUAAUGUCAGCGAAAAACGUAAUGUCACCAUCUGGAAAAUACCAGAAAACUCCCGUCAAUUUGCAAAAAAUGUUCUUCUACAUAAAGAUAAUACAGCAACGUACAGGGACAUAAGCUUGUGCGAGGUGGAGAUUUACACGUGCAAUGAAGGGUUUUUUUGGUCCACGUUGACAGACCGUGUUGGUGCCAAGAGGUGCAAAGAGUGGCAAUGGCUCUGCCUAG